UUCAAUCUACCCAAAGCUUAUUUAUUCUCUAUCAGUCUAAAGCUACCAAACUAAUUAAACAAUUCUGCUUCUUAUAGCUUACUCGUUAAAAAGACUAAAAGCAAGUCUCUUUUUCGCAUAAAAUCCAAACUUUCUCCCCUGCAGCAAGUUUUGUUCAACCAGUUAUAACAACCAUUAUAUUGUUUUCGAAACUUGAAAAUGGAAAUGAAGAAGGUCAUGAUGAGCUCAGAGAGAUCAAAAGAGAAGAAGAGGUCAAUAAGUAGACGACUGGGGAAGUAUAUGAAACAGCAAAAGGGAAGGAUUUACAUCAUCAGAAGAUGUGUGGUCAUGCUCCUUUGUUGGCAUGAUUGAUUAAAAAAAAGUUUUAACUAUGCCAAGUUCAGAUGUAUGUGUGGAUGUUGCUUAUUUAAGUGCGGGAAAGAGUAGUGCUACUAGCUAGGGGAAAAAGCGGUUUGCUUUUUGUUUUGUGAUGAUCAUCUACCGAAUUGUAUAUAAAGCGGUUUGCUUUUUGUUUUGUGAUCA